AUGGGUCACAUCGUGGUAGAUGACCAUUCGGGAACGCCCUUCUGCCGCUUGGUGGACUUCUCUUCGGCGACGUGCUGCGUGGAGUCGACGCCGUCGACCACGGUUUGCGGGGAUCUGCCGUGCAUCGCCCCGGAGAUGGCGCUGGAGGCGCCGUGCGUCGCCAAGCAAGCGGACUGCUGGAGCCUCUGGGUGGUGCUCCUCGAGGCAGCCGGGGGCCUUGCGGAGCUGGAGCCUCCCGCCGCCAAGAUCAGGAGCCUCUUCUCCUGCGAGGGCAGCCACGCCCGCGCUUUGGCGGUCAUGGGCGGCGUGCGCAGCCGUGCGGUGCUGGCCGGGCUCUCCGGGCUCCUCGAGCCAGAGCCCGCGGCUCGGGCCGCCGCGAAUGCCCCCUCUCUGGCCUCCUAG